ACAGUACCCCGAGCGCGCGACACCACCGGCCAGCCCUCCCGCCGCAGCUCAUACACACACACACACACACACACACACCGCAUCCAGCUCGCGUUCAAGCUCAGGGCGGUGCUGAGUCUGCUCGUUGUUCACCGCACAGUACCGCACGGGAGGAACCGCACAGUAGAGGACUGCGGGGGAUAAAAAAAAAAAAAGGACUCAGUGAACAGUCAGCAGAGGAGCAGGAACUGUGCAGAGGAAGCCAGCCUCACCAGUUCAACCAGACAGGAGGAGCGAGGGGGGCAGCUGCUGAGAAGCCUGGAGGGUUUUUGUCCAGGACCGUGUUACUGCAUUCUUCUUCUUCUUCUUCUUCUUCUUCUUCAAGGAAGGGAAAGUAGGAGAGGAGCUGUGGCUUAUUCGCAGCUAUGCACCGCUUAAGGACUACAGUUGCAAGGCUUCGGCCUUUAACGGCUGCACAGACAGCCCAGACCCUAGCACAGCCCAGACUGUUGGCGAUCGAAGGGGGCUUAAGGACGUUUCAGCCUGUGAGGCGCCAGAACACAUCUGUGGCUGCAGAACCUUUUCUUAAUGGCACCAGUUCUAACUAUGUGGAGGAGAUGUACUAUGCAUGGCUGGAGAAUCCCAGGAAUGUGCACAAGUCCUGGGAUAUAUUUUUCCGUAAUGCUAAUUCUGGGGCGCCGCCUGGAGCGGCCUAUCAGAGCCCUCCACCUCUCAAUGGGACUCCUCAGGGACUGGCCAGUUUCCAGACACUGGUGGGGGCUCAGCCCAAUGUGGAGAAGCUGGUGGAGGAUCAUCUAGCGGUACAAUCACUCAUACGAGCCUACCAGGUGCGAGGUCAUCAUAUAGCAAAGUUGGACCCACUGAACAUCAGCUGUGUAGACUUCGACGACGCCCCGUGUACCAUUGGUUUCCAGAACGUUGGUUUUUAUGGGCUUGCUGAAUCCGACCUGGAUAAAGUGUUCAGGCUUCCCACCACCACUUUCAUCGGAGGCAAUGAGAGCGCUUUGCCGCUCAGAGAGAUUAUACGCCGCCUGGAGAUGGCCUACUGUCAGCACAUCGGCGUGGAGUUUAUGUUCAUUAACGACGUGGAGCAGUGCCAGUGGAUCAGACAAAAGUUUGAGACACCCGGAGUCAUGCAGUUCAGUCUGGAGGAGAAGAGGACUCUUCUGGCCAGAAUGAUUCGAUCCACAAGGUUCGAGGAGUUUCUCCAGAGGAAGUGGUCUUCAGAGAAACGAUUCGGUCUGGAAGGCUGCGAAUCGCUCAUCCCGGCCCUCAAGACCAUCAUCGACAUGUCCAGUCUGAGCGGAGUGGAGAGUGUGAUCAUGGGGAUGUCUCACAGAGGCAGGCUGAAUGUGCUGGCUAACGUGAUCCGGAAGGAGUUGGACCAAAUCUUCUGCCAGUUCGACUCUAAACUCGAGGCUGCAGAUGAGGGCUCUGGUGAUGUGAAGUAUCACUUGGGGAUGUAUCACAAGAGGAUGAACCGAGUCAGCGACAGGUUGAUCACGCUGUCACUUAUGGCGAACCCGUCCCACCUGGAAGCAGUGGACCCGGUGGUGCAGGGGAAGACCAAAGCCGAGCAGUUCUACUGUGGAGACACGGAGGGCAAGAGGGUGAUGUCUAUUCUGCUUCACGGUGACGCUGCAUUCGCAGGACAGGGCAUCGUGUACGAGACGUUCCAUCUGUCUGACCUGCCGUCCUACACCACACACGGCACCAUACAUGUGGUGGUCAACAACCAGAUCGGUUUCACCACAGAUCCCAGGAUGGCUCGAUCAUCUCCUUAUCCUACUGAUGUCGCACGGGUCGUCAACGCUCCCAUCUUUCACGUGAACGCUGAUGACCCAGAGGCUGUGAUGUACGUCUGUAAGGUCGCCGCCGAGUGGAGGAACACUUUCCAUAAAGACGUGGUCAUAGACCUGGUGUGCUACAGGCGUAACGGCCAUAACGAGAUGGACGAGCCGAUGUUCACGCAGCCGCUGAUGUACAAGCAGAUCAAGAAGCAGAAAGGUGUCCUGCAAAAGUUUGCUGAGAAAGUCAUCGCUGAGGGAGUCGUCACAGCACAUGAGUAUGAGGAGGAAAUCACUCAGUAUGACAAAAUCUGUGAAGAAGCUUACACUCGCUCCAAAGAUGAGAAGAUCCUUCACAUCAAGCACUGGCUGGACUCUCCAUGGCCUGGUUUUUUCACUCUGGAAGGACAGCCCAAAUCUCUGAGCUGCCCCUCCACUGGAAUCAGUGAGGAAGAGCUCGGCCAUAUUGGAAACAUUGCCGCCUCCGUCCCGCUGGAGGACUUCACUAUACACGGAGGUUUGAGUCGUAUCCUGAAGGGCCGAGGAAACAUGGUGAGUCAGCGAGUGUGCGACUGGGCUCUGGGGGAAUACAUGGCCUUCGGUUCUCUGCUGAAAGACGGGAUCCAUGUACGCCUCAGCGGACAGGAUGCGGAGAGAGGCACAUUCAGCCAUCGACACCAUGUUCUUCACGACCAGAAUGUCGAUAAGAGGAUCUGCAUCCCGAUGAACCACAUCUCCCCCAAUCAGGCUCCUUACACCGUCUGCAACAGCUCUCUGUCUGAAUACGGAGUGCUAGGUUUUGAAUUAGGCUUUGCCAUGGCCAGUCCCAACGCGCUGGUUCUGUGGGAGGCCCAGUUCGGAGAUUUCCACAACACCGCCCAGUGCAUCAUCGACCAGUUCAUCAGCUCAGGUCAGGCCAAGUGGGUCCGACAGAACGGCAUCGUGCUGCUGCUUCCUCACGGCAUGGAGGGGAUGGGUCCAGAGCACUCGUCUGCCCGACCUGAGAGGUUUCUACAGAUGUGCAACGAUGACCCGGAUGUCUUCCCGAAACCGUCAGAAGACUUCGCAGUGCGUCAGCUGUACGACUGUAACUGGAUCGUUGUCAACUGCUCCAAUCCCGCAAACUACUUCCACGUCCUCCGCCGGCAGAUCCUGCAGCCCUUCAGGAAGCCUCUGAUAGUGUUUACUCCAAAGUCACUGUUGCGACACCCCGAGGCCAAGUCCAGCUUUGAUGACAUGCUGCCAGGGACCCACUUCAAACGUGUAAUCCCAGACGACGGGCCUGCAGCUGCCAGCCCAGAGAAGGUGAAGAGAAUCAUUUUCUGCACUGGCAAGAUCUACUAUGAACUGACCCGAGAGCGCAAGAACAGAGGGAUGGACGACUCCGUGGCGGUUGUCCGCAUCGAACAGCUCUCGCCGUUCCCGUUCGACCUGGUGAAAGCAGAAUCUGAUCGUUAUCCAAACGCUGAUGUGGUGUGGUGUCAGGAGGAGCACAAGAACCAGGGCUACUUCGACUACGUCAGGCCUCGCAUCCGCACCACCAUGAACCGUACCCGCCCCGUCUGGUACGCUGGUCGUGGGCCUGCGGCAGCUCCGGCCACUGGGAACAAACAGACUCACCUGACGGAGCUGCAGCGUUUACUGGACACGGCCUUCGAUCUGGAGGCGUUCUCAGGAAAGCUGUGACGGCUGGUGGACUCGUCGCUCCGCCCGCAGAUCCGACCUGCUUCGGCUCGUCAGCGCAGGUUUCCUCAUUAAAGACUUUAGCUUUAACUUUUGCUUACAACA